CGUGGGAGCCAGAGUACGGCCCCAGCCGCCCAGAGAGCCCAACCUAAACAGCAGGUGUGGCGCCCAGGAAGCCAGGGACCACCGGCCCCAUGCAGCCAGGCCGGCCAGCGACGGGAACCCCCGGAGCCCGGCCCACUACGCCACCCGGAAGAGCCAGCAGCAGGCCGCAGAUAGACGCGCCCGGCAGAAGAUAGGGCGGACGGCCAGACCUCAAGCCAGUGAGAGACCACCCCCCACCCAUGCAAAAAGGCGGGACGCCCCGCCUGGGAGUACCCAGAGACUCCCCGCAACCGGACAGGAAGACCGCCCCGGCCCCACCAGCACCCGGACUAUCUGGGACCAGGAGAAGGAGGACGGGGGGAGGAGGAGGAAGAGGAGGAGGAAGCCGCCUGCCUUCAGUGAGCGCGCUCCGUUGAGAGGAAAUGGACGUCAGCAGCGGGGAAGCAGAAGAGCCACCUUGUGCAGAUACGAAGUGUCCCACGACGUCUGACUGUCCGGAAAUUUCUGACUGCCUGGAGAUUAGCCUUCCUCCCAAGAGUCAGAAGGAAGAGGACGACGACAAGAGGAAGGUGACACCAGCACACAGGGCCAAGCGGGAGCGGCGUCAAGGCAGCGGCGCCAGUGCCACCGUGUGCCAGGUGUGCAACAUUCAACUCAACUCUGGCACCCAGGCUCAGAUACACUACAAGGGCAAGACGCACCAGAGGAGGCUGCGCAGGCUGGCAAAGGUUCUUGGUUCAGGUACAGUGUCCCAGAACCCGGUCCACCCCCUGCUGGGUUCCCUGUCCCUGUUGGGCAGAGACAGCCUGCAGCCACGGAACCACCUGGAGCGCUUCCUACCGCUCAGAAUCAGGAGCUCCUCACCCUUCAGCCUGUUUCCUCAUUUCAACACGAUGGAUCCGGUGCAAAAGGCAGUAAUCAAUCACACCUUUGGCAUGGCUCCGCCCAGGCGAAGAACAAUUAUCUCCUGUAAUAUUUGUCACCUGCGCUUUAACUCUACUAACCAGGCUGAGGCCCACUACAAGGGUCACAGACAUGCUCGUAAGCUGAAGGCCUUGGAAAACCAGAGGAACCGACAGAGGAAUGGGCACGGAGCGCAGAAGGACAGAGGCAAAGACAAAAGGGCGGGGAGAGGAAGUGGACGACAAACUGACUCGCAAUUAAAAGAAGGAACAGAUGUAUGCUCCGAUUUAGGCACGUCAUUACAGCAACUGGAAAAUGGCCCGGGGAGUUCCCUGGCCCCCACCUCUUCUUCCCAGCUCACAUCCACAGACUCAUCUUCAAGCCGGUCGCCUCAGCUGUCCCAGCAAUUCCCUCACAUCCCUCAGCUUUGCCAUUCAACACCGGAGGGUUCGCCUGUGAACAACUGCGGUCCGCUACGACCGACUGCACCAGCCCAGUGCGAUGCUGUAGGUGAAGAAGAAGAAGUGAUGAACGUGGAUGCUAAAGAGGACAAAAGUGACAAAAAACAUCUACACUGUCCCACGUGCAAAGUGACUGUUAAUUCCAGCUCCCAGUUGGAAUCACACUGCAGUGGCUCGAAACACAAACAGAUGAUGGUCAGCCCAAACAGCAGCCAGUCGCACCGCAGAGCCAAGAGGACGACGUUUCCCAGGAACACCUGCCGGAUAAUAAAGCAGAGAAGGGGCAGCAAGACCAGAGGGCUUAUGGGCGUCACCGGCAGGCGAUUUCACUGUCAACUUUGCCAGGUGGCCGUCAACUCAGAGAAUCAGCUUAAACAGCACAUGAACAGCAGAAGACACAAGGAGCGUUUGGCCGGCAAGCCUGUGAGGGUGAAGACUAAAUUCACCCCUUAUAAUAAACUGCAGCCCAACACUGCAUUAGUGACUAAACUUGCCUUGCAGAAGCAUCUGUCCAAGGCCCUCUCAGCAGGGUUCCUGACCACCCCUUUCAAUCCAGCUGCUUUAUGCACCAUGGCAUCUGCACCGCUGGCACUGCGACUGCCCCAGGGCCCUGCAGCCUUCAUCCACAGUCCCCUGAUAAGCCCCGCCCUCUUCAGGCCUGCCCCAGGGCCUCUGAGGGCCACUCAUGCACCCAUUAUCUUCUCUCCUUUCUGACAGUGUGUCAUAUUUGACAAAUCAUAGCACAGAAUGUACAUUAAGCCAUAAAAGUAAAUAUAUUUUUUUGUUUAUUUAUAAAGAACUAUCUGCCAUGACAAAGAGGUGUGUUAAUGUGAAGCUUUUGUUGCCAAAAUUAUUUCAAGUUGACCUUUCUGGUUGUACUCUAGGGAAAAAAAAUAUCAUUCUUGUAUUAGGUUCUCUACGCAAAUUACUUUUUAUUGAGCGCAAAGAAAUUAUUUAUAGUGGAGUAGCUUUGGAUUGUUGGAACUUGGUCAUCGUCAUUAAUGAACGUUCCAUCCGUCUGUGUUUAUGUCCUGUGCCAUAAUACAAAGCCAAAACAGGAUUUUUAAUUAAAUGGAAACUAUGUUUGACUUGAGCCAUUAAAGCAAAUCCUUCAGAAACGCAAUACAAAGAAGCAAGCUGGUCUUUGAUACAACUGUCUUAAUAUUGGUUGCGGGCAGCAUGGUGGGAGAGGGGUUAGUGUGUCUGCCUCACAAUACGAAGGUCCUGAGUAGUCCUGGGUUCAAUCCCGGGCUCGGGACUUUUCUGUGUGGAGUUUUCAUGUUCUCCCCGUGACUGCGUGGGUUCCCUCCGGGUGCUCCAGCUUCCUCCCACUUCCAAAGAAAUGCACCUGGGGAUAGGUUGAUUGGCAACACUAAAUUGGCCCUAGUGUGUGAAUGUGUGAAUGUUGUCUGUCUAUCUGUGUUGGCCCUGCGAUGAGGUGGCGACUUGUCCAGGGUGUACAAAGCCUUCCGCCCGAUUGCAGCUGAGAUAGGCACCAGCGCCACCCGCAACCCCAAAGGGAAUAAGUGGUAGAAAAUGAAUGGAUGGAUGGAUAGCGGUUGUUGCCUCAUAACCAUCACAGCUAUAGGUAUAUUUUCACCUAAACCAGUCUAAAUGUGCAAACAAGGGCAAUAAUGUAGAAUAAAAUGUGAUAAAAUAUGUGUUGUUAAUUUACACUCCAAUAACUUGUUACAAUCUUGUGUUUGUGUUUUUUGUUCACAUUAAUUUGAAUGAAAAUAUAAGAUUUAGUUCUGUAAUAAUGUAGUGGUGAGCAACAAAUAGAAUUAAGACUAUUAACUUGGAUCAUAAAAUUUAAUGUAUUUGGGAGAACAUUAUGUGGCUAAAUACUAUUAAAUGUAAAUAUUAACGCCAAGCACAUAAAUAUUAACAGAAUAAGAGUGCCUACUUCAGGGGUCACCAACACGGUGCCCGCGGGCAGCAGGUCGCCCGUAAGGACCAGAUGAGUCGCCCGCUGGCCUGUUCUAAAAAUAGCUCAAAUAGCAGCACUUACCAGUGAGCUGCCUUUAUUUUUAAAAUUGUAUUUAUAUACUAGCAAGCUGGUCUCGCUUUGCUUGACAUUUUUAAUUCUAAGAGAGACAAAACUCAAAUAGAAUUUUAAAAUCCAAGAAAAUAUUUUAAAGACUUGGUCUUCACUUGUUUAAAUAAGUUAAUCUAUUUUUUUACUUUGCUUCUUAUAACUUUCGGAAAGACAAUUUCAGAGAAAAAAUACAACCUUAAAAAUGAUUUUAGGAUUUUUAAACACAUGGACCUUUUUAACUUUUAAAUUCAUUCCUUUUCUUUCCUAACAAUUUAAAUCAAUGUUUAAUUUUUUUUUUUUUUUGUAAAGAAUAAUAAAUACAUUUUAAUUUAAUUCUUCAUUUUAGCUUCUGUUUUUUCGACGAAGAACAUUUUUGAAAUAUUUCUUCAAACUUAUUAUGAUUAACAUU